CAUUUGCGCACAGUGUUCAAUGCCAGCAGACGACUCGUCCCGUCCAUCUCGGUCCCGGUCCCGGUCUCCCCACCGCGCAUCCGCCUCGCCCUCUGAGCGAUCACGCCGACCACGAUCCUCCAGCCGCUCGCGGUCGGACCGGCGCUCCAGGUCCCCGUCUCGCUCCAGAUCGCCUGCUCCACGACAUCACAGCAGCAGCAGCAGCCAUCGUCGCCGCGGCCGCUCCCGCUCCCGAUCGCCGUCUGCUGCACGACGACGCAGCCGCUCACGGUCACAGUCCCGCUCGCCCAGCCGAGGUCGGUCUGGCGCUCCGUUCGACGAUAGACGGUCGUCGCAUCGACGCCGCUCCAACUCGCGUUCCCGCUCUCCGCCUGCCGCGCGAGGACCAGGACGGCCGUUCGAGCGUAGCAAUGGUCCUGGUCGACCGUUCGAGCGCGAUGCGUCGUCUGGUGGUCCGCGACCCCAUCGUGGUGGUGGAUCCAUCCUCGGAUCUGAGCAGCUCGAGCUGCGUCGCAAGCAACGAGAGGCAUUCGACAGUGUGGAUGCUGGCGUAUGGGCGCGUUCGCCAUCUCCUCCGCGUGUAAAGACCCGAAGAAACCGUACCCCGUCGCCACAUCGACCACUGCCGUCUGUCGGGCGAAUUGUCGUGGAAAGCGACAAGAAGCAUAAAAAGAGCAAGAAGCAUAGCCGGAAAUCGCGAAAGCAUCGUCGACGAAGCAGCAGCGGCUCCGAGUCAGACUCGGAUGCGCGUUCCGUUUCAGAUCAUAGCGAAGCUGAGGCUCUGCCAGACGAGCGGGCUGGUGCGAUUGACGCAGAUGCCACAUCCAAUGAGAUUGCUGCUGCUGCUGAGGCAGAGUCAGGGUUGCCAUCCGCUGCAGCAACCGCUGUAUCAGCCGAAGCAGGAAGAGUCAACGAAGACGAUGAUCAGGAUGUUGGCCCUGCGCCAUACGUCAUGCUCGACAAGCUAGUACCAUCAGGCUAUGGUAAAGCGCUGCUUCCUGGUGAAGGUGAAGGUAUGGCCGAGUUCAUCAAGGCAGACGCGCGUAUUCCACGUCGUGGUGAAAUUGGCUUGACUUCCGAGCAAAUCGAGGCGUUUGAAGACGUUGGCUUUGUGAUGAGUGGCAGUCGGCAUCGUCGUAUGGAAGCUGUGCGUAUGCGUAAGGAAAACCAAGUUUACAGUGCUGAAGAGCGACGAGCGUUGGCCAUGCUCAACUACGAGGAGCGAUCCAAACGCGAAAACAAGAUUUUGGCGGAUUUCCGCGACAUGGUCCGCAAGCACAAAGACGAGUAGCGACGGCUUUUGUUUUUCCAGUGUUGCUUUGUGUUUUUGCAUUCGGUGCGAGGCUGUAACAAUAUCAGUUGAUGCUUGAUCGAAA